GUGCCUCAUUUUACUCUGCGCGGCUUUCUGUUGAUUCGCACGCGAGGCGGUUGUUUUCGACCAGUCUCCAAGCUUCAAAGGUGGACAGAAUGGAUCACCGUUGGGUCUGUUUGACCAUUUUCCUGGUGUUAAUGGCGGACACGGCGAGAAGCCAAGACUUCCUGCAACGCUUUCAAUAUAUUGGCAACAUGUAUUCCGAUCUUGCAACCGCGGAGAGAUUUGAUGUCAUCGACAUUGCAGAGUGUGCAAGAAGGUGCUAUGAAGCCACUGAUUACUACUGCCAGUCGUUCGAAGUAGGCUAUAACGCCAUAUGUUACACCAAUGAAAACAACAGGGCAACCACGUCAGUCAACAUGUACGAGUCCAAUAACUUUGUAUACUACGAACGAAAGGAAGUCGACGAAUGUGCAGAAGGAACCGCCAACUGCAGCCCUCAAGCCACUUGCUCCAAUGUGACACCAGGAAGUUUUACUUGCAGUUGUAACGCUGGGUACACUGGAAACGGUGUCACCUGUACGGACAUUGAUGCCUGCCUGGCCAAUCCGUGUGACGCCCAGGCCACCUGUACGGAUAACCCUGCCCCUGCCCUAGAUGCAACUUGCACCUGCAACACUGGAUAUACAGGAGAUGGUCUUGUUAGUGGAACUGGAUGUGCAGCUUGCUCCACCCUCUACUCUGGACUGAAUCCUUCCCACAACUUCGGCGUGUAUCAGAACCAGUGCUUCUGGUCCGGCUCCUUCCGCACUCCACGGCUGAACUACAUGGCGGCCAAACAAGCCUGCCAGGAUGAAGGCGGCACUCUGGCCAUGAUCAAGGACGAAGCAACCCAGACGUUCCUGCGUACCCAUCUGAGGGGCACUAGCGGCCAUAGACAGAGGAGCUAUUGGAUCGGCCUGGACGACCGUGACGCGGAGGGGACUUUCCUCUGGAACGACGGGACCCCGCUGGGCGAGUACGACGAGUUCCGUUCCGACGCCCCGAACCGGGCACGCGACUGCGUCACCCUGUGGAGGACUCGGAGGGUGGCUCGCUGGGACAUCAGGGACUGCAGCGUUCUCAAGCCGUACAUCUGCCAGCUGGGCGGCAACGGCAGCAAGUAGGACGGUGACGAGCUGUGACAUCACUUCACAACAAAACGGAUCUAAAGAUGUUCUGACGUCACAACGACGUCCUGAUGACGUCAGAGCAUCUUUCCCUCUGUUUUGGAUGCUACUGGUGUAACAGGAUAGGCGCAGCUACUUUUCGUCUCGAAAACGGUCGUUGCUUUCAAGAACGGUCGUCGCCAUAUCGUUGACCACUCUUGAUCUAACCCGACGGUUUCAUAGUGUUUGUGGGGUAACAUUUCAAUUACAAACAUUCGACAGUAUCGUGAUAAAUGGUAAAAAAAAAUAAUCGAAAAAAAAAACAAGAAAGUUCGUCAACACAGGUUCAAACAAGAGUCCAAAAGGCUAAUCCCUAGCCGUCGGGCGUGGCGUAACUGGUAGUGCGUUCGGCUCGGAAUCUAGAGGUCCUGAGUUCGAUCCCCGCCGUGCCACCGACGUUUUGCCCUUGGGAUUGGC